AUGGCUAAACGUGGUAUUCGAAACCGAAAGAGGAAUAAUAAUGUGAAGAAAAAGGGUGAAACUCAGAACUACGUGUUAACAGAAUUUGAUAAAACAAACGAAAACUUCUGCUUAUAUUAUAAAAGCCAGGGAAUUGUCAAAGAAGAUGAGUGGGAUGCAUUCAUAGCAGCUUUAAAAGAAGAUUUACCUACAUCGUUCCGAAUCCAAGGAAGCAGCAACGAAGCGCAAUCUCUGAUCGAAUUAAUGAACACUCGUUAUUUCGAGCCCAUGAAACAAUGGGAAGAUGGUGAUACAUUUGUACCAAAGCAGCUUCCUUGGUAUCCAUACGCUUUUCAGACUCCAAUGUCACGUUCCACAUUGCGCAGUCGACCAUUGCUGAAGGAUUUCCACAAUUUUCUUAUCACUGAAGCUGAACUAGGCAAUAUUAGUCGGCAGGAAGCGGUUAGCAUGAUUCCUCCACUUCUGCUUGAUAUAAAAUCGCAUCACAAGAUUCUCGAUGUCUGUGCAGCACCGGGAAGUAAAACUAUGCAGAUUAUAGAAAUGAUGCAUUGCGACGACAAAAUACCUGAAGGCCUCAUUUUGGCGAAUGAUGUUGAUAAUUCCCGUUGUUAUUUGCUGGUCCGUCAAGCUUUGAAAAGGAUGCCGGCAUCAAAUUGCAUUGUAAUUAAUGAAGAUGCUGCAUUUUUGCCCAAUUUUUUAGCAGACAAAGACACAUCGGAACCCUUGUUAUUUGAUAGAGUGCUUUGUGAUGUAAUUUGUAGUGGUGAUGGAACAUUUCGGAAAAGUCCAGACAUGUGGCGGUCUUGGAAUCCUGUUAAGGGGUUGGGUUUGCACAAGCUGCAAAUUAACAUUGCUCAACGUGCUAUACAGUUGCUUGCGGUAGAUGGUCUUGUAGUAUAUUCAACGUGUUCCUUAAAUCCUAUAGAAAACGAAGCAGUUAUUGCAUCUCUACUACGUUCUAGCGCUGGUGGCAUAGAGCUUGUUGAUGUUUCUCAACAAUUGCCUCAACUGAAGCGGACAUCAGGACUUUCGAAGUGGAGGGUAUUUGAUAAAGCCAUGCGUGAGUACAGUGUUCUUGAAGAUGUAGUUGCUGAUCAAAAACGAUAUUUUACUUCAUCAAUGUUUCCCCCAAACGAAGAAGAAAUUCAGAAGUUUCAUUUGGAGCGCUGUUUCCGGGUAUUGCCACAUAUGCAAAAUACUGGAGGAUUUUUUGUCGCCGUUUUGAAAAAAUCAAAACCUCUUAAGCAGUCAAAGCUUGCUUUUAAUUUGCCAUUAGUGAAAAGACAUCGAACAUUCAAGGAAGAUCCAUUUGUAUUUCUUGAAAAAGACGAUGCCAGAUGGAAAGAUAUUGCUAGUUAUUAUGGAAUAUCCGAAGUGUUUCCAUAUCAGAAUCUCCUGGGGCGAACAACUGAAGCAGAUAGAAAACGAACUUUAUAUUUCGUGAACAGUGCGGUUAAGCAGUUCUUGCUCUAUAAUCAGGAUAAGGUAAAAGUGAUCAAUGCAGGUAUUCGUAUAUUCGGGCGAGUUGAAAACAAAUAUAACUUGUGUCGAUUUCGGAUAUUGCAAGAUGGUGUCAGAACAAUUUUACCAUAUUUGAGAAAAAGAGCUGUUGAAAUUAGCGUAGAAGAUAUGUGUAAAAUUCUGAAAGCUGAAAAUGGAAAAGGAAACUGUCUACGAGAUGAACUAGCAUGUGGUGAAAAAUUCCGCGACAUAUCAUCUGGAAGUGUUGUGCUUGUAUCAGAAUAUAAUGGAUUAAAACAAGUUAUUUGCGCAUGGAUGGGAGCCAGAAGUCUUGCGCCAUACGUUAGCAAAGAAGAAAAAAUCCAUGCACUGCGUAUGCUCAACUGUGACACCUCUAAUUUCGAAAGAGUUAUGUGGACGAAACGACAGUCAAAAGCGGCUUAUGAUAGAGAGGAAGCAAAAAAACGCAGAAUUCUAGAAAAUGUAGAUGGAAUGGAAGAAAGAAAAAGCAAUGGAUGCUUAGAAAAAAGUGAAGAAACAGAGAAAGAAGGUGAACCAAAUGAUGAUGAGCUGAGCAAGAUUGAUUGA